GUCCCCGCCCUGGUCCCCGCCUGCCUGCCGCCGUCCGGAGCCGCGGCGCUCAGAGCUGCGACCCGCGCGCUCCGCUCCGCCGCCACCGGCCCGGGCCGCCAUGUCUCCGUGGAAGAGAACCGUCUACAAGACUGUGUGCCUUUCCCUGGCCUUGCUUGUGGCCAUAACAGUAUUCCAGCGCAGUCUGACCCCCAGCCAGUUUCUGCAAGAGUCCCCGCCACCCACCUUCGAGCCACAAAAGGCCCAGAAACCAAGCGGACACCUGGUGAACCCCAACAGCUUCUGGAAGAACCUGAAGGAUGUGGUCACCCCCAUGCCCACCGUCUCCCGGGGGCCCCAGGCCUGGGACGUGACCACCACUAACUGCUCAGCCAACGUCAACCUGACCCACCAGCCCUGGUUCCAGAGCCUGGAGCCACACUUCCGGCAGUUUCUGCUCUAUCGGCACUGCCGGUACUUCCCCAUGUUGCUGAACCAUCCGGAGAAGUGCAGCGGCGACGUCUACUUGCUGGUGGUGGUGAAGUCGGUCAUCACGCAGCACGACCGUCGCGAGGCCAUCCGCCAGACCUGGGGCCGGGAGCAGGAGUCGGCGGGCAGGGGCCGCGGCGCCGUGCGCACGCUCUUCCUUCUGGGCACAGCGGCCAAGCAGGAGGAGCGGGUCCAUUACCAACAGCUGCUGGCCUACGAGGACCGUCUCUACGGGGACAUCCUGCAGUGGGACUUUCUGGACAGCUUCUUCAACUUGACCCUCAAGGAGAUCCACUUCCUCAAGUGGUUUGACAUUUACUGCCCCAACGUCCGCUUCAUCUUCAAAGGUGACGAUGACGUCUUCGUCAACCCCACGAAUCUGCUCGAAUUUCUGGCUUACUGGCGGCCACAGGAAGACCUCUUUGUGGGCGACGUCCUGCAGCACGCUCGGCCCAUCCGCAGGAAAGAUAACAAAUACUACAUCCCGGGCGUCCUGUACAGCAAGCCCAGCUACCCGCCCUAUGCAGGCGGAGGUGGCUUCCUCAUGGCCGGCAGCCUGGCCCACCGCCUGCACCACGCCUGUGACACCCUGGAGCUCUACCCCAUCGACGACGUCUUCCUGGGCAUGUGCCUGGAGGUGCUGGGCGUGCAGCCCACCGCCCACGAGGGCUUUAAGACUUUCGGCAUCUCGCGGAACCGCAAUAGCCGCAUGAACAAGGAGCCCUGCUUCUUCCGCUCCAUGCUCGUUGUGCACAAGCUGCUGCCCCCCGAGCUGCUGGCCAUGUGGAGGCUGGUGCACGGCAACCUCACCUGCUCCCGCAAGCUCCAGGUGCUCUGACCCUGGCCUCUGGUCCCCUGCAGGGAGGUGGAGGGUUUGGGCCUUAUGUGCUUCUGGGUGUGGUGGGGUGCAGGUAGCUGGAGGGGGCCCUCCCUCUGCGCACGCUUUCCAGAAAGUGGAGCUGAGGCCCAGGAAUGUUUGGAACUGCCCGGACUGGAGAAGGUCAUCUGGGGAGCGAGGCUGCUGGCCCCUGGCAGCCCUCCUAACCUGGGUCCGUUGCCUGGCUCCCUCUGACCUGGUGGGAGGUCCUGGUGGCCUCCGAAGGAACCCUGUGCUCAGGUACCUGGGCUCGGCCUGGCCCUGGAUGGGUCUGUGGCUGCCCUCUUGAAGAUUCUUCUCCCGUGAAUUGCCUCAGUCUCCCCACAGGCCCAAGCGUGGCCCUUUCGAAAGAAGCUGAAGCCUGUGCAGGCUCACAGGUCCCCCAUGGUCCACAUUCCCCCACAGUCCACACCCCUGGGUCUCCUGGGGAUGGAGCCGCAGAAGGCCCUCAGCAUACCCCCAGACCUGCCUGGAGUCGGCUGCUCCGUCUGCUGCCAGGUGCCCUCGCUCCUGGCCGCGUCCUAGAAUGCUCCCUCCAGGCCCCUGUCUGGAAGCAGGACCGGCCUCUCUGACUACCUCAGCCAUCCUCAACCUCUGGAUGGGCUGCAGCCCCAGCCCACCCCCGACGCAGGGCAGAGAGCAGCGCUCCAGCCCCCGCAGUCCCGGUGCUGCCCGACCAGCCCAAGCCCAGGGCCCUCUUGCAGCCCCACCAAGGCCUGGCUCCCUGGCCGGAAACCAGCCGGUUUGGCCCUGGAAGUGGACAUUCCUCUCUUACUGUGAAGUUUUAUUUAUGAAUAAUUUGGAGGUGGAAGGCGCCAGGCCUCAGGAGAUGGUGGUGUUCUUCCCUUCCCUUCCCUCAUCCCAGUGAGACACCGCCUCCCUCGGCCCCUUUUACCACAACCCCCCACCCCCACCCCGGGCCCCCCAUGCCCGUCACAGCCCCGCCCCCCUGCACGCCUCCUUCUCCAGGCCUGAGCAGACUAGCCUUUGCUCCUGCGAAGGGAUGGAGUGACCCUCGAGGGCCACCCCACCCAGGUUCCGGGGUCCUCGGGGGUGGGUGCAGAAGGAUGCCACCUGGUAUCUCAGGGUGGAGUCACCUGGGUAAAGACUGAGGAAUCACUUCUAUUUUCUCAAUAAAAGGGGACUGGUGUUUUUCUGGUGUGAAA